AUGAAGGCACUUGGUGGUGACAGUGGUAUCGAUUUUAAAAGAAAAAACAUUCAUGUUGCUGAGACAGCAUUAAAGCUCCAGAUCUGGGACACUGCCGGACAAGAGCAAUUCCACACGCUCAGGGUUAUCUAUUUUCGUGGAGCUCAGAGCUUCAUUCUUGUUUAUGAUAUCACCAACCCUGCUUCUUUUGAAAAAAACGCUGUGUGGAUGAGAGACAUUAAAAUGAAAGCCGGUGAAGAGGUAGAAGUAGUUCUCUUGGGAAAUAAGUGUGACAAAGAAGAUGAACGUGAAAUUGCAAAGGAGAGGAGCGGAGAAGGUAGGUAUUAAUUAUCCAGGAACAAUAAGAGUAUUUUGAGUUAGCUGGGCACACUCAAUCUAGAAAGCAGCUGACUAUACUGCCGGAAAGUUAGGAACUAAUGUUGUGUAAAAUACCAUCCUCAUUUAGCAGUAUUGAUAAUGGCCCUUUUGUUAUGUCUGCAUGUCUGGGAUACCUACGUUUCCAUUGAGACCUUGGAACACAUUGAACAAGUCUACACUAACAUUUCAAGAAGCCAGGAAGGGGAGUGGUAUGAAAAAAUACCAAAUACAGCCAUAACAUUUAGAUGCAGGAGACAAGUCCAAGUUUUGUUAUUACCUAUAACAAGAGAUGCAGUGACCCAUGACGUAUAACAAGAGAUUCAGUGGCGUGCACCGUGCCCCCCUACAAUCUUCAGAGGCACCCGGCAUACUCCGAUCCCCAUCUUCCCGCCCACUUCCCGUCCUGC